CGAUCUUCUGAAAAGCCGAGCAAGAAGCCCCGACCCUCACGCAGGAAGGAGCGAUGGGCCAGCCUCUCUCUCUCUUAACGUCACUUUAAGCCUUCCCGAGACGCCCCUCCACGAUGGCCGAGACGCUGGAGUCCAUCGACAACCUCAAGCAGGAGCUGGAGAGGUUGAACCUGGAAUUAGACCAGACGAGCAGCGAGAAAAACCAGGCGGCUCAGUACGGGUUGGUGCUGCUGGAGGAGAAGGAGAGCCUGCAGACGAGACUCGAGGACUUGGAGGCGCUCUACGAGAACACCAAGCACGAGCUCGACAACACGAGAGAGGCCUUAGCCAAGUUCCAGACGACACAUCGAGUGGCCACUGCUAGCGGAAUUGAAACUGAAGAGAGCCUGCUGUCAGAAUCGGCUGCCAGGGAAACCUCUCUCAACUCACAGAUCAUCGAGCUUGAACUUGAAGCCAAACAGUGCCGAGCUGAGCUAGAACGUGUGCAGAGUGAGAAGAGCCGUUACUACACUGAACUUCAUGAGCUCCUCAAGGAUAAAGACAUAAGUGACCAUGAGAAGAAACAACUUAGAACGGAACUCAAAGACCUUAAGUUCCGCGAGACAAGGCUCUUCCAGGACUAUGCAGAACUCGAAGAUGAGAACAUCACACUACAGAAGCAGAUCUCUAACCUUAAGUCAUCACAAGUUGAAUUCGAAGGAGCCAAGCAUGAGAUCCGACGCCUUCAGGAGGAGACCGAUGUGCUCAACUCGCAGGUGGAGGAGCUUGCCAACCUCAAGAAGAUUGCAGAAAGGCAGAUGGAGGAAGCUCUUGAGUCAUUGCAAGCUGAGAGGGAGGCCAAGUAUGCUCUCAAGAAGGAACUGGACGCCAGGAUGAAUUCUGAAUCCAUGUACAAUCUCUCCAACCUGGCCAUGAGCAUGAAACUCUCAGGGAGUACAGAUUUUGGCGAGAGCGAUGGCGAAGAUGACACUCCUGUUCUGAGGAGGUUAGAAUCAGAGCUGAUGAGCGCUGGUGGAGGAUCAGCCGAGACUCUAGGGGGAGAUCUGUUCUCUGAAAUCCACUUGAACGAGCUGCGGAAGCUUGAGAAGAAGCUUGAGGAGGCUGAACAUGAGAAGAGUCAGCUUACUACCAACCUAAAAGAGAGUCAGGAAGGCCUGGAGAAGACCCGUCAGGAGCUAGAUGCACAGCAUGCUAGAGUGUCACAUCUUCUGGGGCACAUUUCUGCACUGGUUAAGCUGCAUGACCAGGAGAAUCCUAGCCAGAUGAAUGCUGAUGAUUCAGCUAUGCUGGUGAGCUUUUUGGAGAAGCAAAAAUCAAGGUAUCAGGUUGCAGCCAAAGAGAUCAAUGAGCUCAAGAAGAGCAUGGCAGAAAUCCAGAGUUCUGAAAGUGCAGGAGCAAGUGAUGCUGUUCAGCAACUUCGUAAUGAAGUUGGAACGCUUCGUGCAAGGCUGGUGGAUGCUGAACAGAAGUCCAUGGAUCUAGGCAAUGAUGUGAACAUCCUGAGCCAGAUGCUGAACAGCCGAGAGGGUUCACUCUCAAUCACACAGAAUGAUCUAGGGAGUAUCAGUGAAAUGCUUGCACAGCUGUAUCACCAUGUGUGCACAGUCAAUGGGGAAACCCCAUCAAGGGUACUCCUUGAUCAUAGUAAACAGGGACAUCACACAGAGAAGAGUUCUGAUGGAGAGGACCAAAAAGUAUCUUCACCAACGCAGAUCACAACAAUGCUGGAGAAUCUGAAGAACAAGUUGCGAACAGAUGUUCCUCUGACAGAUUUUGAUGAUUCUAGUGAUCCAAAGGAUGUCCGCAAUACGAUAGAUACCAUUCAAGACCAGAUCAGACACCUGAAGAAGGCUGUGGAACAUACUAUAGAAUUAAGCAAGGAGAAGGGACACUUCAGGGAAAGUGCUUCAUCUGAUAGUGGUCUCAGUGAAAGUGAAGUACAGGAACUUCAAGAGCAGGUGAUCAAACUGAAGUCUUUGCUCUCCACUAAGAGGGAACAGAUUGCCACACUUCGCACUGUGCUGAAAGCCAACAAACAGACUGCAGAGGUGGCCCUGUCCAAUCUGAAGUCCAAGUAUGAAACAGAAAAGAGCAUAGUCUCAGAAACAAUGAUGAAACUUCGCAACGAACUACGUCUCUUGAAGGAGGAUGCUGCUACAUUCUCCAGUCUCCGUGCUAUGUUUGCUGCACGUUGUGAGGAAUAUGUAACACAGUUAGAUGAAGUACAACGGCAGUUAGUGGCAGCCGAAGAAGAGAAAAAGACACUAAACUCCUUGCUACGAAUGGCCAUCCAGCAGAAGCUAGCUCUUACUCAGAGACUGGAAGAUAUGGAAUGUGACAGAGAAAGGUUCAACAUGCGAAAGCAUCCUGGGAGCAGGGGUAGAGCUUACAGUUCCAGAUUUAACAACCAGCCACAUGCUUCUCCAUCGCAACACCAUUACCAACGCAGAGAUAAUUAUUAAAGUGUAAAUGAUUGUAUUUAAAUGUAUUUAUGUGAAGCAAAGCAAGAGAUGAGAUGUUGGUUGGAAGGUAUUACAGUGUUUUGGUUGAAAUAGGAUGAUUCAUCAUAAAACCAGAACAUCUGUAUCUUAUUUUUUUUGAAACUUGUGUUCUCUUCCUGUAUUCAGCUUCAAACUUGUUUAUGCUGUGUCAUGAAGACCUCAGAAACUGGAGUUAUCUUACAAAGACUUUUUACACUUGUAAAAAUGCAAGUUCUUGAGGAUGGAUUGAUACUUUGAGGAACUUUUCCUGGUGUAAAUGAUAACAAAAAUCAUAUACAGGUUGGCAAGUAUCUGCCAGUGAGGGGAAGGCUGGGUGUGGCUGUCAUCUCUUCUGCUUUAUAACCUGGAAUUAGUGCAUGAGAAAGGAAUUAAUGUAUGGAGAAGCAGCUGUUGGGAAAUGUUGGAUUGUAACUUGUUAAAAGUGUGCCCCUUUUUUAGUCUUACGCUGUUUCUUGUUUGUGAAGCAGAAAGUAGUUGACAAAAAAAAUGUUUUAAAUGAAAUUGCUUUAAUUUUAGAUUAUAUAUAUAUAUUUGACUUAUUUUAAUUCUUUUUUACUAUUGACUCUUAAUGUACAGGAUUUUUGUAAUUAAGUGAAUAUUUCUUUUAUGAAUUUCAAAGUACAUAGUAAUAUUCAUGUGCAGGUCAUAUCGUCCAAAUCAGAACAGAGGCAUGUCCACAAUGAGAACUGUGUUCUUUACCCAUAGUAUCUCAGAAGCUUUAAAACUUAAGAAUAAGUUAUAUGAUUCUUCCCAAUCUAGAUACCAUGUAAUACUACAACGUCCAAAAAAAAUUUAAAUUGCAUUACAAAUACCUGAUAGAUCAUAAGAUUUAGAAUUUUAAUUCCUAUUUACUUACAAAAUCAAGUAUUUUUCAAAGAAAUAUUGUAUAAAGCUUAUGCAUACUAUCAGUAAAGUUUGUUAAUGAUGCCAUUUGAUAAUUGAAAUUGUACGUCAGUGAAUAUUACUUAGUUGGAGUAUAUUCCCAAGUACGGGCCAUAGGUUGUAUUAAGAGAUCAUGCCUUGUUGCAUACUCAUUAUUUGGAGACAGUUCUGUUCAGAGCCUGGACAAGAGUAGCAAACAGUCUACAAAUGUUACACGUUUUUCUUUCAUAUUUGCCUGUAAUUGAUUUUAGAGUUGCAUAGAAGAGCAAUUAAUUUUGUAUGGAUGGAAUGUAGUGUCAUUUUUUUUUUCUUUUCUCUCCACUUUUUUAUUAUUGUUGAGUUGGUAAUCUGUUUGCUGGGUGGAAAGGUUGCUAUAUAGAUAUUGAAGUCUCUCUGAAAUCUACAAUAAAAUAUAUCAUUUUUAUUUGUGGAAGUGAAAAUGUACUACUAAAGAGCUUAUUCUUUUUUGCAGUUGACCACAAACACAUAUUUGUACAUGAGCUAGGGAGUUACGGGCAGCUCACAUGUGACAUUAUGAUCUUGAUGAACCAGAAUCAGUAGUUGGCUCAUCUUUUUAAAAUGUAGACAUGAUCUGUAUUGCAAUUGUACUAAAAGACAAUGCUGAUUCUACUUAAAGUAAUAUUUUUACAGUCCUUAACUUCCAUGAAUCUCUUGAUAUAGUUAUAUUUGUAUUAACCAGAAUUUGUAUGACAGAUGCAAAGUUUGAUUUUAUGAUAGUGUCUGGCAGGAUAAAAAGUCAGAAACGCUCAAGAAAUGUACUUAUGUUUUUUUUUAAACAAAGAUUUUUGGUCAAGGUACUUUACUGAUAGGUAGCUCAGCCUGUUCAAUGUUAUGACUUCUAUUUUUUCUGUUUUCAUGUAAUACUGAUUGUAAACAAAUUGGACAUAUGAAUAAAUCAGUCUGCCUCAUUUUCUUGGACACAGAAGUAAGAAUUAUUUUGCAGAAUAGGGUUGUUGGUAGUUCACGUAAUCCUUGCAUUUGCCUUGUGCAAGUUGUUUUUUAGUCAGGCUAUUGUCAUAGGAAUUCUCUAAAAGAAGUAUUUUUUAGAUUUUAUUAAUUUACCAUUUUGUAAGUGUUCAUGAUGGCAAAAAGGUGCCCACUACUGUCCUUUCUUAAAUGAAGAAGCAUUUCUAUUAAUUUCAAGCAAAAAAAUGAAGUUGUUGAAAUUGAAAUAAAUUUUUGAAAUCAUAUGGUGCAUUUAGUUAGGGAGUGAGUUUUCUAUGAGAAAGAAGAGAUAAAAUUGAUAUUAGGUAAUAUGAUCAUAUAUUUCAAACAUUGAGGGUGCUACUCAGUAAUUCUUUCACAGGUAGUUAUCCAGAUUAUUAAUGGUCUUAAUGUGAUUAUAAUUUUUCAGCUUAUUUUCACAUGACAAUUAUUUUUUUCUUUAUUAUGCAAAAUUUGCAGAGCUAGGCUGCUAUAUUUAUUUAUUUUUUUCUAUUUACACUGUAUACUGUGCUCGAGAAGGGUUCAUAUCUCAGUCGUGUUACUUGUUCACAUUUUCGUUCUUGUAAUAACCAUUAAAUUUUUUUUCUUUAUCUGUUUAUGCUUGUGGUAAUAUUAUCUAAACCUCAUGGUAGUUAGCAUUCUUAAUAGGACAUUAAGAUUUUUGUUGUGUGUCUCUUGUUACAAUAUUUUUUGGUAGGUUUGUGAAGAUCAUAUAUGGUAUAUGAUACAUAAUAGCCAAUAUUUGGCUGAUGAAGUUAUUGUAAUAAUCAUUAAUAUUUUUAUUGUGAUUAUUGAUAGUAUUUUUUAAAUGUGUCAAAGGCACCAUUUCAAAGCAGCUUAACCAAGGGACAAGAACAGCAACUCAGUUAUUGAUCACAAUUGCUGAGACCAUAUUACUUUGUAGCAUACACAUAAAAAUGAUACCAGGUGAGCACUGUAGGGUUGCUUGAUAAAGUUUUCAGUGUUGAGAGAACCUUUGCCCUUCAGAAUUUAACCUUUUCACUUCAACUUCAACAAGAGAAUAUGCUUCUAUCUUGGCUGAUCAUGUAGCUAUUAGGUAUUUAUACAAAUAAAAGAUCAAUUUAAAGUGUUCUCAUAGCAUUGAAAUUGAAUAUGAAAGAUAAUUGUACAUGACUGUAGUAGCAGAGAAUUUAGCUGUUUUUGGGUUUACUAUACUUGGUUGUAAGUUUUUAUUUUAUUUUUUUCUGUAUUGGGAAAUGUUGCUGUGCAGCUCUGAAGUAAAAAUAACAUACUUUUUAAAUUAUUCUGGUUGUAUUUUACUAUCACUUUGCCUCAACUUGCAUUGAUAAGUGUAGAAUAUCUGUACAUAAUUCAGUUAACAAGAACUGAUGUCAUGGUUUGAAAAUUAUUGGCCAGAAAUAUUUUCAAGUGUAUCUUGUAACCUUGUUUGUUCUGGAAUUUUGGUGACAUAGAUAGAACAAGGUGACAGCGUUGUGAUCUGUAUUGUGCUGUGUCAUCACUGGCCCCAGUUCUUUUUUCAGUCACUUUGCUUUAUCUGUGUACUUGUAAAAGCAGAUUUACUAUUGUUACUAUUUAUGGAGCACAUCAAGCACAUCCUAUGUACCCUUGCUAGUAUUCCAAGUUGCUUCAGGAGUUUGAAAUAUUUAGGUGUGUGCCUACUAUGUGGGGGCCAGUGUUGCACAAAAGAGCUUGCUUAAAGAAAUAGGUCCAAUUGAGCAGUCCAUUGUCUCACCAUAGAGUUUAGGGCAGUUUUAAGUGCUAAAGGAUUUAUUCAUGGUGGUCAAUCAGUGUUUUCUUUAUAAGUGUCACCACAUUGUCACAGUUGCAAAACCUGCUGGAAUUUAGUGUCUUGACAGGUAUAUGCUCCUUUUAGUGAACAGUUAGCAUUAGGUUUUGUUUUUCUUUUCACUCAGAACCAAAGACACUGUUAGCAUAGAUUCACAUACCUUGCAGUGAAGUUUCAGACGUAAGUCGUAGUCCUUGAAAUCACAGUGAUAUAUAAAUCAUUAAGGUGAAGGAAAAUAUUACUAUUGCUGCAGGAAAGAUAUUGAGAAUGAAUAUCCCCAAAGUAAUAAUUCAAGAUUAAAGACUAAAAUUAUAAGACAUAGAAAAGACUAAUAUAUAAAAUUGUUUUAAAGUCCAAGUGCUUAGGAGCUGUGUAGAUGUUCACUGAAAUGUAGAGUGAACCUACUUUUAAGUAUGUUAACAUACAGUUCUACAAUAAUCAAUGAAAACCUCCUUUCUAGGGGAUAUAAGAUUUUGAUCUCCAAAAUAAUAGCGAGAGAUUACUGAUCUCUAUAACUGACCGAAGAGAAAGUCUUUAUUUCUUGUUGAGUAGUCGGCCUGUUGGUAUAUUUACGUAUUGUCUCAUAUGAUGAGUGGUUCAGCUAACUUAUUUUUUAAUCUAAUUUAUUAGCUUUUAAGACUAUUCAAGUACUCUACAUUUAGAUGCAUUUGGUGUAGCUAUGCUUGUACAGUAUGUUAUAGAGAUUUUCCAUGAGAAUUUAAAUGGUAUAUGAUUUACAGGGUUUUAGAUAGAGAAGGAUGUUAAUUGAAGUGGUACAGUAUUUGCACUGGGGUCACAUCAUGAAACACUGUGACCAUUUGGAUUCAUGGUAAUUAAGAGCAUAGGAAUUUCCAUCCAUAUUUUGUGAAUGCAUAUUUCCUUGGAAAAGAAAAUGGAGCAGAUGUUAUGAUAGUAAAUUAUUUUACAUGGCAGAUGGAUCCCAAGAGAGUGUGCCUUAUCCUGCAAACGCACUCAUGUUUUUUGUGGCAGUGGGUUUUGUGAAAGCUACUUAAUUUUGCAUGAUACAAGAAUUAGAAAUGACACUUGCUGGUUUACAUGUAAAGUGACAUUUCAUGUAGAAACCAUCCACAUUUGACUGCAUCACAGAUUCACUUUUUUAUAUAGUUUGGCCAAGGAUGAUAAACAAAUUAAAAUACACAAACCAAAGAAACUCUAACAGUUAGUCACUAAUUUCAAGCAGUGACAUGGUCAGGGGAUCUUCAUCAAAUUUUAAUGUAAUAUCAGUGACAAAAAGUUUUAUGUAAUGUGAUAAAAGAAUAUGUUUUUACUUUAAUCUGCAGACAAUGAAAAUAACCUUCCCUGUUAUUUUAUUUUGUUUUUCCUGUACAGAUAAUGUCAUCUUUGGCUCAUAAUUUUAAAUGAACUUAUAUCAGAAGUCAUUUUAGUAUCGACUGGCACAGUGUACUUUGGGUAACGAUUAAUACUUUGUGUUGAUUUACAGCAGGUGUUUUGUAAAGUUUGUGACAAUCAGUCUGGGCAGAUGGUGGAAACAUGCGGGAAAAUAUAUCAAAUCUUUUGUAAUGUUGCCAUUGGUGAAGUGUAGUUUCAGUGUAUCAUGAGAAAAAUUGUCAGUGGGGAAAUACAUAAUACUUUAUAAUGUGUUCAGUCAGCACCAGAUUUAUUGCUUGUAAAAUUAUCAGAAAAAUCCAACACCAAUUAGUCAUUAUACUGUACAUCUCUUGUAAGCUCUGCCCGUGACUGUCACACCGUUACUGGGAAGGGUAUCUGCAGCACCCACAGUAUUUUUACUUUUGUAUCUACUUCUUCACUGAGGACUGAGAACUUAUUUGUACAAUAGGAUCCUGUUUACAAUAAAAUUUAAAAAUGAA